AGCAUGAUGUGUCCCAUAAAUUUAUAAAAAUAUUAUUAUUUCAUCAUUUCGUCACUUUUUAGUUUCCAUAAAAAGAUUAGUUAUUAAUCAUCGUUCGACGCUCAAAAAUCACAUCUAUAAAUCGAAUCGGUUGUGCACAAAAACCGAUCAGUUAGUAUACGAUAAGUGCAUUGAAGUGAACCACACACACGUCGAACUAAAAAUAAACUCUGCAAUUUGUCGAUUUUAAAUUUCCAUUUUUGUACGGAAUUCAAUAAUUUGCAUUUUAAUCCGAUAAUUCACACACCUUCGAAAAAAUGAGUCUGGUUUGGACUUUGAUUGCAACGUUCCUUUACGUUGAAAUUGCCAUUGUUUUGCUAUUCGUAUUGCCAAUUGCAAGUCCCUCAAGAUGGCAAAGAUUUUUCAAGAGUCGCUUUCUCGAAAUGAUAAACCGGCAGGCACAGAUCUAUUUCUAUUUAUUGUUUGGCGUUUUGGUGCUAUUUUUGUUGGAAGCCAUUCGUGAAAUGCGAAAAUAUUCUCAGUCAGACGCUAAUGCUGAGGCACAUCCGAACGUUGGAAUGCAGCAUAGCAUGCGAUUGUUCCGUGCUCAGAGAAACUUUUACAUUACCGGAUUCUCGAUCUUCUUAAUUUUGGUCAUCAGACGUUUGGUAAUGUUGAUUUCAACACAAGCAACUCUUCUCGCACAAUCGGAAGCUUCAAUGCGACAGGCUCAAAGUGCAUCGACUGCAGCCCGUACUUUGUUAUCUCAACAGAAGGACAAAGAGAAUGAAGCCGAUAAGGACGAUGAAACAGCUGAAGCACAAAAAUUGCGUUGGUUAAAGAUUGGCGAACUGAAAAACAAGCUGAGAGAACUCACCGCCGAAUUGGACCGUGAACGGAAGGAUAAGGAAGCAAUGAAAUCUCAAUCGGAAAGUCUGAACAAAGAGUACGACCGGUUGACCGAAGAGUACAGCAAAUUGGAACGGAAGUUAACCAUUGGCGAUUCGCGCAAAGAUGAAUAAAUCAGUUCCACGGCUAUAGGAUAUUAGUUUGCCCUUUUGUUAAGUCUUUAAAAACCGGUAGGAAUUUCAGUGGUGUCGUCGUUAGUUUGGCCAAGGUAUUUAACUGAAUUUUUUCGAUGUAUUGAUACUGUGAAAUUUGUAUUGGGAAAGAUUAGUGUUAACGAAACGAUUGCCUAUAACUCUUUGUUUUAUAAUUAUCCAUUUUUUUAAAUUAAAAUCUUUUUAUAAGAACACUUCACAUCACUCGACGCCUCAUCAAUCUGUUGUUUAUUUUGAUAGAUUUUAAUGAUAUUUUCGGUCCUGAGAUCUUAUUAAAAAUUUAAAAAAAAAUUAUUUUCACGUCGUUAAAUGAAGGAAUUUAAGACUUAAAUUUGUUAAUUGUUUAAUCUAAAAUUUUGAUAAUUUUGGGCAUGUAACGACUGAAGAAGUGAAGAAUAAAUCGUAUUAAUUUACAUUAUCUCCUAAA